AUGCAUCACGGAUUGGGUGGCGGUGUUGGCUACGGGCUGGGAGGACCGCAGGAGCGGGUGCACCAGCAGCAGCAAUUAUCGGUGGGGCGUACCGGUAACAGUGGGGCCGUCACCGUGGGACUGCUCGAAAAAUGUCCCUAUGAGGCUUACGCGGCACAGAUACCCGAUUGUUGCGCGGCGGCUGCGGCGGCCGCGGCUGCUGCUGCUGCUGCAGCUGCUGUUGGCCAAGAAACGUAUCCGAGGCCACCCAGCGGCUACGACACCAGGUGCUACGACGAGUGCAACCGGAGAACGCCGUAUCAGGAUGAGUCGUAUUCUCAGGAUGGCAUGGCUGGCUCGGGGUAUAGGCCCCAGUCGCGUCUCACUGGUUACGGCGAGGAGCAACAGCAACAGCAACCGCAAAGCAACCAUCAGCAGCAGAAUCAGAGCCAGCAGCCGAGGCCUCAGUCGCGACUGGCGGGCAUCUACGGUACGGAUUCCCGGUGCCCGAGUCGCAUGGGCAUUAUCGGCUACGAUGACUCUGGUGGGGGUGGUGGAGGUGGAGGAGGCGGUGGUAGUGGUAACGGUGGUGUCGGUGGUGUUAGUGUUGGUGGAGUGGGUGUCGGUGGUGGUGGUGGUGGUGGUGGUGGUGGUAGCUAUCUGGCCCAGUCGGACCCGAGACUGUACUGUCCGGACGGCUACUGCAUGGGCGACACGAUGAUGGGUCGCGGCAUUUGCGGUGAGGAGCUCGAGCUCGACAUGCGCAGGCACAUACAGGCUUGCGCGUGCACCUGCAGCCACAUGGGCUUCGGAAACUACAUGGACUAUCAGUUAUCGCAAACCAAUGGUACCUACAUUUUAAGACAAACGUCCAAUCCAUCUUCAGUAGAUGCCACAGAAGCGAUCCGUGAGAGGUGA